AUGUCAACGUGCGCACGAAGUUCACAAGUUGAAGAUAGUGGGACCGCAGGUAGUCCCCGUACGAUCAAGAGCAGAGUCCUUGAUACAGGCGCUUCACUGGUUCAGGAUUUCACUCCAGUCAAGCAAGUAUGCGCUCAUUUGCAUGCAUUCCACGUCUAUGCAAACGAUCCAACUCGAUGCGUUGAGGCCAACCAUUAUUGUACACAUUUGACUGAGGAUAUCCGGCAAUGCUUGAUCUACGAUUCUCCCGAUCACAAUGCUCGUUUGAUCGGUAUCGAGUAUAUGGUCUCACCGCGCGUGUUUGUUACUCUCCCCCAGGAGGAGCGUAAGCUAUGGCAUACACAUGAGUUCGAAGUCAAGAGCGGUCUGCUUAUCAUGCCAGCACCAGCAGGCGUUCCUACCUCCGUUUGGGAGGCUGCGGAGACAGCUGAGAUGAGAGAUGUUGUCCCGCUAUAUGGGAAGACGUAUCAUCUUUGGCAGGUAGAUCGAGGUGAUCCUGUUCCAAUGGGGCCACCGCAGUUGAUGGGUAGCUUCACGACGCAUGGUAGUGUAAAAAUGGCGCACGAGAAAGGUUUGGACGGACUGCUUACAGGCCGGAAUCAAAAAUUCGGGGUCGACCAUCAUCAGAAAGCUAAAAUGCGUGAAAAUAUUCCUGGAGUUGAGAAGCAUCCCGACGCCGACGCGGCGUUGAAGUAA